UGAGGCGCGGAUGUCGCAGUUGACUGGUGCGUUUUGAAUGUGUGUAGGAACACGGCCACGGCGGUGAAAGGGGUCGCUGGGCGCCUGCCCGCCUCGUUCCGGUCGCGUCGCUCCCCUCCUCUGCCAUGCAUUAUUCAAGUUGCGACCAAAGAGCGGAGAGCCAGGGCUUGUUGACGUCAGCAAACUUGUCCAGCCGCUGCCGAGGCGAGAGGAGGAGGAGGAGGAGGAGGGAAUGAGCCGCUGGAUGUGGAGCUCGGACUGUGUGCGCAGCGCUCCGGACCUCGGGCUUUUUUUUUUUCUUUCCUUUUUCUCUUCGUCUUCCACUUCCACUUCCACGGGACUGCUCGGACUUCUUCGCCUUUGCUUCAGAGAGCUGCAGCACCAAUGAGCGCCCAUCCGCCUUUAGAUGAGUGAGGAACAGCAAAGAAACCUGAACAUCAAGAGUCCGCAGUGACAGUGGAAUAUUGGCAGUAACACAGGAGGGACCUUUGGAGACGCACAUUUUUUCCACUAUGAACCGCGCCUUCAACAGGAAAAAAGAUAAAUCAUGGAUGCACACCCCGGAGGCACUGGCCAAGCAUUACAUACCCUACAAUGCCAAGUUCCUUGGAAACACAGAGGUUGAAGCCCCAAAAGGCACAGAGGUUGUGAAGGAUGCAGUCAGAAAGCUAAAGUUUCAGAGGCAUAUCAAGAAGUCAGAGGGACAGAAGACUCCCAAAGCUGAAUUGCAGAUCUCCAUUUACGGCGUGAAAAUAUUAGACCCGAAGACAAAAGAUGUGCAGCAUAACUGUCAGUUACACAGGAUAUCCUUCUGUGCGGAUGACAAAACAGAUAAAAGGAUAUUUACUUUUAUUUGCAAAGACUCAGAGUCCAACAAACACCUGUGCUACGUGUUUGACAGUGAGAAGUGUGCGGAGGAGAUCACUCUAACGAUUGGCCAGGCCUUCGACUUGGCCUACAAGAAGUUCCUCGAGUCUGGAGGCAAAGACGUGGAAACCAGGAAGCAGAUCGGGAGCCUUCAGAAAAGAAUUCAAGAACUGGAAACAGAAAACUCUGAGCUGAAGCAACAGCUCCAAGAUCUUGAAGAGCAGCUGAUGAUUGCUCACGUGCCACCGCCGCUGCACAUUAACGCGUCCAAUGAGGCGUACAUGCUGCAGAGGCCCUCGUCCCUCUUCUGGUGUCACAGCAUCAAGUCGUUGUCCUGUCUGGAAAUCUCCUCUGUCACGCUCACUCCUAUGAGCUCGCCGGAGUCCAACUUAUCCUCCGGGCUACUAACUCCUCCGCCUGCCAAAUCUGCUCUCCUUCCUCCUAAGCCAGCUGAGGGAUGCAGCAUCCCACGGCCCCGCGCAGGCAGCAUCUCCAUGAAACCUCAGUCCACAGACGUUUUCGACAUGGUUCCCUUCUCCCCUGUGACACCGCUGGUGCCCACGGUGGCCAGUAACGGCUGCCCCCCACCACCGCCAACCACAUUGCCACCAGAUAUACGGAAGGACUUGUUCGGUGCGGAGCCUUUCGAUCCGUUCACCUGCGGGGCAGCUGACUUCCCUCCAGAUAUCCAGUCGAAGCUGGAUGAGAUGCAGACCGGGCCCAUGUUGUUGUGCGCGGCUGGCGAGUGUCACAGCUGUUGCCUGACUUGUCUUCCAGGAGGGGUUCAAAAUGGGACUAACCUUGGAGGGCACCGUCUUCUCCCUGGACCCGCUCGACAGCCGCUGCUGAUGCCAAGAGGACGCUCCCCGCCGCGUACUUUUAUCUCGUUUGUUAUGAAGAAGUGCCAAAAUCCACUCCACCGCUGAGUCAAGAUGUCACACGUUUAUAUGCAUUUACAUUUAGAUUGGUUUUUUCGAUAUUUCAAGGUGAACUCAGAUCCAUUAUAGAAAAGAACUAUUUUUGUAAGAAUAAAAAAACAAAUGAAAGGAAUGGUUUUGAUUACCUUUGCUUGUGCAGGUAAUGAGAGAUGUAAAUAGUGGAAUACGUUGAACGGUACGGCCUGUGGGAGAAUUUUCAUAUGACACCGUUUUGUGUGUACGCACCAUUUGAAUUCUGUAUUGUUGACACAUUCCUGUUUGUAAGCCAAACACAAGCUGGCGAGAGAAAAUGAAUGCAACCUGUAUAUUUAACACAAACCUUCAUCUGGCCCAUAACAUCACAUAUUAAGUAGCUUCUUUUACUCAACAUGAAGUCACACAUUAUGUAGCUCAUUAAUCCAGUUGGAAAUGGAUGUUGCUUACUGACAUUUUCCACCUUUUGUUUUUGACAUUGUGGAUAUUUUAUUGUUGUUGUUUUUUUUUCCUCACAAUUAUGAGUUUGCAUUUCAGUAUUUACGCGUCGUCAUUUUUACCCUCCUCUCGUCUUGCACCAGAAGGCACUUUUUUGGGGCAGACUCUGUCCAUACAUGCAGUAUUAUCCCCAUUAUUUUACUUUUGGUUGCAUUGACUUCGCUGUUACACUUAUUAAAGAAAAUCUUACUGAAAUAAAAAAAACUUUUAAUUGA